UCGUUCCUGAGAAGAGAAAAGAUGAUGAGUGAUGCAAGUGACAUGCUCGCUGCAGCUCUGGAGCAGAUGGAUGGCAUCAUAGCAGGUUCCAAGGCGCUGGAGUACUCCAAUGGCAUCUUCGACUGCCAGUCCCCCACCUCCCCAUUUAUGGGGGGCCUGCGGGCGCUGCAUCUGGUGGAGGACUUGCGGGGCUUACUGGAGAUGAUGGAAGCUGAUGAGAGAGAAGGGCUGCGCUGCCAGGUCCCGGACUCGACGGCAGAGGCUCUGAUUGAGUGGCUCCAGAGUCAAAUGACUAAUGGACACAUAUCUGGGAAUGGAGAUGUGUAUCAAGAAAGGCUGGCUCGUCUGGAAAAUGAUAAGGAAUCUCUUGUUCUGCAAGUAAGUGUGCUUACAGACCAGGUGGAGGCCCAGGGAGAAAAGAUUCGAGAUCUGGAGUUCUGUCUAGAGGAGCACCGGGAGAAGCUGAAUGCCACGGAAGAGAUGCUGCAGCAGGAGCUUUUAAGCAGAACAUCCCUUGAAACUCAAAAGCUGGAUCUUAUGGCAGAGAUUUCCACUCUGAAGUUAAAGCUUACAUCUGUAGAGAAGGAUAGAUUGGACUUUGAGGACAGGUUCAGAGACACAGAGGAUCUGAUUCAGGAAAUAAAUGAAUUGCGGUUGAGAGUGGGAGAAAUGGACAAUGAAAGACUCCAGUAUGAGAAAAAACUGAAAACAACCAAAUCUUUAAUGGCCAAACUUUCUAGUAUGAAAAUCAAGGUGGGUCAGAUGCAGUAUGAAAAGCAGCGGAUGGAGCAAAAAAGCCAGAUGCUAAAGGAUGAACUGGCAGCUUUGAAAGACAAACUAGAGCAGAAGGAAGUGGAGGUAAAAAGGUUGCAAGAAAAAUUGGUUUGCAAGCUGAAAGGAGAAGGAAUCGAAAUACUGGACAGAGAUAUAGAGGUACAGAAAAUGAAGAAGGCGGUAGAGUCUCUAAUGGCAGCAAAUGAAGAGAAGGAUCGGAAGAUAGAAGAGCUUCGUCAAUCUCUGAAUAGGUACAAGAAAGUUCAAGACAUGGUGAUAUUGGCUCAAGGCAAAGAAAGUGAUGGUGAAGACUUCCUGAACUCAGGGUCCAUUUCCACGGUUUUAUUGGACACACCAAGUCUGACUGACCCAGAGAAAAGCCCUUCCCCAACCCCAGUAACAGCAUCUCCAAUCCAUGAUGAGUUUAAUGUGAAUAUUCAUGAAGAGAUUCACACCAGUAUUUUACAGAUUUCAAUCCCUUCUUUUUCAUCAACAUCCAAAAGCUCAGAAACUGUUGCAGAGAAAGUGAAAACACAGCCUAGGCCAGAUACUGGAAGUGAAAUGAGUGAAGGAAGAUCAACAGGUUCCUCUCCAGAAACUCAGCUGUGUGAUAGUCCAGUAAGUUCUUCACUGCAGAAGUCCAGCAGUCUCAGCAGCUUGAGAAAAGAGACAUCCGAAACGGACAGAGACUCUGCACAGAAGCAAACAGAGAUUAAACCUCCUGUGGAAAGUAACAAUUUCGCAACCCUCCCUCCAAAGUCUCCUUCUCAUGGUGGCACAGGCGACGAGGAUAGUUUUGGUACCCGUAAAGCCAGAUCUUCGUUUGGACGAGGCUUUUUCAAGAUAAAAAAUAACAAGAGGACUGCAAGUGCCCCCAAUCUGGCUGAAACGGAGAAGGGAUCUGCAGAUCACUUGGAUCUGGCUGGCUUGCCCCCUCGCCCAAAAGAAGCGGAUAGUGUACAGGUGAUGCCACCUUCUCCAGAUUCCAAGAAAAAGGCCAGAGGGAUCAAGAAGUUAUUUGGAAGACUUAAAAGAAGUCAGUCUACCACCUUCAACCCAGAUGACAUGUCGGAGACAGAGUUCAAAAGAGGAGGGACAAGAGCAACUGCGGGGCCACGGCUGGGCUGGUCUCGAGACCUGGGGCAGUCUCACAAUGAGCUGGACAUGCCAUUUGCAAAGUGGACGAAGGAGCAGGUUUGCAACUGGCUCCAGGACCAGGGACUAGGCUCUUACAUAAGUAAUGGCAAACACUGGAUACUGUCGGGGCAAACACUUCUGCAGGCUUCGCAGCAGGAUCUGGAAAAGGAGCUUGGGAUAAAGCACCCAUUGCAUCGGAAGAAGCUUCAACUUGCUCUGCAGGCACUUGGGUCUGAAGAGGAAAACAAUCAUGGAAAACUGGAUUACCACUGGGUUACCAGAUGGCUGGAUGACAUUGGCCUUCCCCAGUAUAAGACCCAGUUUGAUGAAGGAAAGGUGGAUGGCCGAAUGCUCCAUUACAUGAGCGUGGAUGACUUGCUGUCCUUGAAAGUUGCCAGCGUCCUCCACCACCUCAGCAUCAAAAGAGCCAUUCAGGUUUUGAGAAUAAAUAACUUUGAGCCCAACUGUCUGCGCAGGAGGCCAUCUGAUGAGAAUAACGUCACACCUUCUGAGGUCACCCAGUGGACCAAUCAUCGCGUGAUGGAGUGGUUACGCUCUGUUGAUCUGGCAGAGUAUGCACCUAACCUGCGAGGGAGCGGCGUGCAUGGGGGACUAAUGGUUUUGGAGCCUCGUUUCAAUGUAGAAACCAUGGCACAGUUGCUGAACAUCCCACCAAACAAGACCCUACUGAGACGGCACUUGGCAACUCAUUUCAACCUCCUUAUUGGGCAGGAGGCCCAGCAGCAGAAACGUGAAGCAAUGGAGUCCCCAGACUAUGUUCUCUUAACAGCAACUGCCAGAGUAAAGCCAAAGAAACUUGCCUUCAGCAAUUUUGGGAGCCUGAGGAAGAAGAAGCAAGAUGAUGUGGAAGAGUAUGUGUGUCCUAUGGAGUUGGGACGGGCAUCUGGAAGUGGGUCAAAGAAGGGUUUUAAGCCUGGCCUGGAUAUCCGAGUGUAUGACGAUGAUGAUUUGGACAGGCUGGAGCAGAUGGAAGAUUCAGAAGGGACAGUGAGGCAAAUAGGAGCGUUUUCUGAAGGCAUCAACAACUUGACAUAUAUGUUGAAAGAAGAUGAAAUGUUUAAAGACUUUGCAACUCGCUCUCCUAGCACCAGUAUAACAGAUGAGGACUCCAACGUGUGACAGUAACCCCCAGGCACUGACAAAGGCUCAGCUUCCUGUGUGCAGGAAACCUCAUCAUUGUACAUGACAGGCAGCAGAUCGUGUACAUCACAUUGCUCUUGCUUCUGUUUGUUGGAAGUAACUUUGAGGGGUGGAGAUUUUUUUUUUAAAGGAGGGAAAAAAAAGGUGCCUACUCUAAAGUUGCCAUAAGAAACACCCAGACACCGGUGAAUGGUAAUGGUUUUUACUAUAUUUAAUGUACAAACUGGUGAUAUGUUU